AUGGCCCGCUAUUCCAAAGAAGAGCUGGAUGAAGAGUUUGAACAGUUCAUGAAAGAACUUUCAGAUGAUUCUUUUGAAAAUUCAAAUAAAACACCUGGACAAUCUAAAGAAGCGAAGAAGAAAGAUACAGUGCCAUGGUGGAUAACUGAAGAUGAAUUUGAAAGUGGUGGACCGUUUGGGACAAAUGUAAGCUAUUUGAAAACAAAGAAGACUUCUCAGCCUGUUAUGGAAACAGAAGAGGAGUCUGCUGAAAGGAUUCAGCUUCUUAAGAGCAGUGGAACCUCUGUCUUGAGUAUUGACAGCUUAGAAGCCAGUGAGAUAGUUUCUGAGCUUAAUCAUAGUGUUCUCGGAUUGGGACUGGACACGUUAGAAGAGCAAGAGGAAAAAGAACAAUUUUUUGCCAUGCUUGAGAAAGGCUUAACAUCGUCUGUUGAUUAUUCAAGGUUAAAUAAGGAAUUGGAUUCUAAUGACUCCAUACAUUUUAAAGCUUUACAUAGUAAUCAAGCUAAUAUGGAGCUAACUGAAGAUAAACAUGAGAAUGAAUCAAAACAUGAAGAACUGGCAGAAAAUUAUAGUGAUGAUUUUGAAGAUGAGGAUAUUGAUGCACCUUUGACUCCUAAAGGAGAGACUAAUUCCAAAGAAAAUUCCAAAUCAGAAAAAACAAAUGUUCCCAAACAGGAAGAAGAAAAAACUGGAAUGCUGGCUAAUGUAGUGCUGCUUGAUUCAUUAGACUCUGUUGCAGAAGUCAACCUUGAUGAACCGGAUAGAACAAAAACUGAGCCCAAGGCUCUGCCAGAUAUGACUGAUAAUGAAAUGAUAGGAACAGGUAUUUCUUAUGGACAAAGCAACAGUGACAUUGAAGCUCUACAUCAGGCUUAUUGUCACAUAGCGCGUUCUUUGGGAGAUGCGGAUGAACAAAGAACUGAGAGCAAUGCAGCAGAAAAUACCAAGAGCUCGACAAAAGAUCAUCCUCAAGAAAAUGAAGGCUCCUCUAAAAACAUCUCUACUACAGAGUCAGAUCUGCCCACAGUAGAGGAGCUGAUGAAGCCUAUCAGAAUAGAUUCCUUUGGGGUCAGUGAUUUUGAUUUACAACCCGUCAGCUAUAAGAAACUGGCUGAGAAUAAAGAAACUGAAUUUGUUAGCCCUUUACCCCUUAAGAUUAACCCAAAUGUUGUGUCUCAAGAAGCACAAACUGUGAGCCAAUUUCUGGACAAAAAUGAAGAGAAUGUAGUUUUAGAAAAGGCAACAAAUGAAGGUACAGAAAAUAACUAUCCAAGAGUAAAUACUGUGGAAGAACAAAUAGAUAAAAUGUACCUUGAUAUUUUGAAGAAAAAAAUAUCUGUUGGUGCUUCAUUAUUACCUCAGGAUGACAAAACAAAUAAGACUUUAAGAUCUCAGCUUGAUUCUGGAGAAGGGACUGUAACUGGUAAACAGCUACCGUACAAGAAGGCCAGAAGUGCACCUCCUUUAUUUAAAAGAAAACCCCAGAGUGGACUAUAUGCAUCAGUUAGGAGUUCAGGGUAUGGCAAACCCAAUUCACCAUUCAAGACAUUUUCUAAUCUUGAAAAGAAAACUUCAAAGGACAUCAUGAAGAGCAAAAACUUGAGAUCUAUUCCUGCCUCAAAUCAAAGUAGGAAAAAAGAAAUCUUACCUGCAACAAAGCUGAUCAAGCCUGCAUCUUUGGGUAAACCAGCUCCCCAGACUGAAAGCUGGCUGGCUACUCCUAAGUCGUCCGAGGGCCCCACAGAAGUUGACUCCUGUGUUCAGUUUCAGAAUGAUUCUUCAGGAUACCAUGGUGGGAACAAGGAGACAGAAUUGCUUACGUUUAAAAGAGUUCAGGAAGCAGAGGAAAAAUGGAAGAGUGCCCAAGCUCUGAUUGAGCAAAUUAAAGUCACUUUCUCAGAAAAGGAGAAAGAGCUGGAAAAUAAGAUGGAGGAACUAAAGAGACAACAGGAAAAGGAACUCUUCAGACUGAAUCAAGACAAUUAUAUUCUUCAAGCCAAGUUGAGUAGCUUUGAAGAAGCAAGCAAAAAACACAGGUGGUUGCAUUUGGGAGAAACAACUGAUCCUGUCACUGAAGAAAAAUUGAAGCAAAUCCAAAAAGAAAUACAGGAACAAGAGGUGCUUCUUCAAGGAUAUCAGCAGGAAAAUGAAAAAUUGUAUAAUCAAGUGAAAGAUCUCCAAGAACAAAACAAGAAAAAUGAGGAGCGAAUGUUCAAGGAAAACCAGAGUUUAUUCAGCGAAUUAGCUGCCUUAAAAGAACAGAUGCACAGAAGUCGUUUCCUGUCUCAAGCAGUUGAAGAUUCAGAGCCCACCAGAAAUCAAAAUUUUACAGAUCUGCUAGCAGAACUACGGGCAGCACAGAAAGAAAAAAACAGUUUGUUGGAAGACAUCAAAAGACUGAAGCAGGACAAACAAGCUCUUGAAGUAGACUUGGAAAAAGUGAAGAAAGAGAGAGACCAAGCCAAAGACCAGAUUGCUUAUGCUACAGGUGAAAAAUUAUAUGAAAUAAAAAUUAUAGAAGAAACCCAUAAACAAGAAAUCAGUCGUCUGCAAAAAAGAUUACAGUGGUAUGCUGAAAAUCAGGAACUUCUAGAUAAAGAUGCAGUUCGGCUUAAAGAAGCAAAUGAAGAAAUUGAGAAGCUGAAACUUGAGGUUGAGAAGCUGAAAGCUGAAUCUGGAAAUCCAUCCAUCCAGCAGAAGAUGCGUUUAAAAGAAAAAGCAGCUGAUACCAAAAAAAUUCAGGAUCUAGAGCGACAGGUUAAGGAAAUGGAAGGAAUUCUAAAGAGACGAUACCCCAAUUCUUUGCCAGCUUUAAUACUGGCUGCAUCAGCAGCUGGUGAUAUAGCAGAUAGAAAUACAGUGGAAUUUAUGGAAAAAAGGAUAAAAAAACUAGAAGCUGAUCUGGAGGGCAGAGAUGAAGAAGCAAAGAAAAGCCUUCGUACCAUGGAACAGCAGUUUCAGAAAAUGAAGAUUCAGUAUGAGCAGAGACUGGAGGAACAGGAGCAGUUACUUGCUUGCAAAUUGAAGGAGGCAGCCCAGAACCAACAGGACAACUCCUCAAGGGCUAAAGCCCUGGAGAAGGAACUGGAUGAUGUUAAGGAAGCCCAUCAAAUCACCAUAAGAAACCUUGAAGCUGAAAUAGAUGUCCUUAAACAUCAGAAUGCUGAAUUGGAACUCAAGAAGACUGAGAAGGAUGAUAAAGAUUUCCAGUCCAUAGAGUUCCAGGUGGAACAGGCUCACUCUAAAGCUAAACUGGUCAGGCUCAAUGAGGAGCUGGCUGCAAAGGGGAGAGAGAUACAGGACCUUUCCAAAACCGUGGAGCGGCUUCAGAAGGAGAGGAGAAAGAUGCUCUCUAACCAGCACCCUAGGGCUCGAGAGGAGAUGACAGCCAAAAGGGUGAAGAAAGAUGGUCUGCACCCUGGCAAAGGAAAUGCUGACUCCUCCGGAACUCUGGAGGGCAAGCUUUACCAACCACAUACUUUUACUGAUUCCCACAUUUCAGAGGUUUUACAAGAAAACUGCAGAUUGAAAAAUGAAGUGGCAAGGUUAACUGUGGAGGGGAAUGAGCUGAAGAUGAAAUCUGAAGCUACAGUGAAUCAAUUUGAAAACACCAUGAAAAGGUUCAAGGAAGAAACUGCAGCACACAUCACAUCUCUCAAAGCAUCUCAUCAGAGGGAAGUAGAGAAACUCCUUUGCCAAAAUGCAGUUGAAAAUUCUUCUUCCAAAGUAGCUGCACUAAAUCGUAAAAUAGCAACUCAGGAGGUACUUUUAAAACAUUUUCAAAACCAAGUCACCGAGCUGCAGAGUAAACAAGAGUCUCUUGUCAUUUCUCAAGUUCGAGAGGAAAUCCUACAGAAAGAGAUUACAAAACUCUUGGAAGAAUUAAGAGAAGCCAAAGAAAAUCAUACACCGGAGAUGAAACAUUUCAUGGUCUUAGAAAAGAAAAUCAGACAGAUGGAAGUGAGACAUGAGCAGAGAGAACAGGAGCUGCAGCAGAUAAUACAGCAGACACACCAGGUAGUAGAAACCGAGCAAAACAAAGAAAUUGAGAAAUGGAGAAGACUUGCACAGCUGAAGAAUCGGGAGCUGGACAAGUUCCGAACAGAGUUAGACUCGAUCUUGGACGUUCUCCGAGAGCUGCACCGGCAGGGCGUGGUUGUGCCAGCCGCUCUGGCAGAAGUGAAUGCACCAGAGUAUUAG